AUGGCAGCCAAGCACCUCCUCUCUGAAGAGUGUAGCAUUGCUCUUAAUCACAUGCAUUCUUAUGAGCUGCACAUCAGUGAUGCUUAUUUAUCUACUAGAGGCCUGAUGGCCUGUUAUUACAUUGAAGGCCCAGGAGAACCUCUUUUUGCCACAUUCUUUGAAAACCAAGCUGAGGUGAAGAGGGAACUUGGAAAGCAAUUCCUAAAAUAUCUAAGAGGAUGUGAAAGUAAAAUCUGCCUUCCAGUGAUUAAGAGGCCUGAGAUAGAUAACUGGGGAACUGGCAGACGAGCUCUAGAGUCUGCCCUGGAAUUGGAGAACCACUUAAGUAAGCUCCUGCUAGACCUGGAGACCAUAGCUUCUGCCAACAAUGAAUAUGAUGUCUUAUGCUUCAUGGGAAAGUACCUGGAGGAACAGAAGAGUACAAACUACCUGCCAUGCCAGCUAAGAUAUCAUAAGGAAUUAGAAAAUCAGGCCUAG